AUGUUCACGCAAAUCAAGGCUUGUUUGAAUUCCCGUCCAUUGUCUCCUCUAUCAAAAGAUCCUAUUUACCUUAUCCCCUUAACCCCAGGUCACUUUCUUGUCGGGCAACUAACUAGUUUUGCAGAGCCGAACCUGGAUGACAUCAAACCAACUGGACUGAACCGGUACCAGCAGCUGGUCCAGAUGUUGCAACAUUUCUGGAAACGAUGGAAGUCAGAAUAUCUGCACCAGCUACAACAACGUAGUAAAUGGACUUCGUCUACAAAUCCUAGAUUGAACCCGGGAACCAUGGUUGUGAUUCAGGAUGACAACUUGCCGCCCAUGCGAUGGCGUAUGGGACGCAUCUUAGAGCUUCACCCAGGUCAGGACAACGUAACGAGGGUUGUGACUGUCAGGACUUCCGAAGGAAUCAUUAAACGGCCGGUUAAAAAGAUAUGCAUUUUACCGAUCGAAGAAAAAACCGCCGAGCGGAUUCCUUAUCAGCAACAACAGACAGUGACAGUAAGUGAACCCUAA